AUGGCCCAUGUUCCAAUUGGAAUACCAACCCAUGUCCAAAAAAUUUGUAGCCUUUAUAAAAAGACUCUGCGUAACUUAGAAGCUUUCUAUGAUAGACGUCAUGUGUAUCGCUAUCAAGCAGUCCUACUUCGUCAGAAAUUCGACAAAAUUAUAAACGAAAAGGAUAAUCGUAAAUCUGUUGAAAUGUUAAAGCAGGCUGAACAUGAGCUCUUCUUAACACAACAUCCAAUUCCAAGGAAAUUCCCCAGGAGCCCUGGUGGUGUGGCUUAUCAGCGUGUUGUUACGCCCCCUGACUGGGUACUGGACUAUUGGCAUCCAUUGGAAAAAGCACAAUACCCUGAGUACUUCAAGAGACGUGAAGAGAGGAAGAAAGAAUUCAUUGCUAUGUGGGAGAAGGAAUUUGGAAAACCAGACCCAAAGGAUACACACCAU